AUGGCUGCUUCCGAGUUCGUUGUAGCAGUCACGGGUGCUAUCCUGGCUGCUGCGGCGCUGCUCUUCGCCAUCCUGCAGACCGCUUCAGCACUGUCGCAGUAUCUGGCGUCGAUGAAUCGAUGCGGCCGAGCCAUCACAGGCGCCUUCGAGCUGCGCCAAGGGUUCUUCUGGUCUCUGCUCUCACUCACCCUUAAUCCAAGAUACAGAAUGCCUGUGCUUACGAUGCCGGGCUUGCGGUCCACCAUCCCGAUCAUGGAGCACAGGCCAAUCGAGAACACUCUUCAUUACGGCCAGAACUUUGACGAAACCCUUAACUCGUACAUGGAUCGAAAGACGGCGCGCGUCACGGGUCCUCAGCGGGCGCUACCCAUUUCGUAUCGGCAGACAAUUUGGGCGUUAAUUUUGAGAAUCGCUGUGUGCCCUUUCCUCCUUGCUACGUUCCCGUUGUCUCUUGUUCUAUGCAUCCCAUGCUUGGGAAAGUGGGUUUAUGAAGGAGCCUCAACCGGGGAGUGGGAUUGGGGUGAAGAUGACUCCAAUGGUGAGCAUGAAUGCGGAGGCUUUUCGCUAGGUGCAUGUGCACUGUGUCCCUUUCUUGUCUUUCCCUGGCUGUUCAAAGGUGCCAUCAAACGCAAAACCGAGGCGCAAACUUCAACGGUCACGACAUCGUCGACACCGGGCCUGGAAGCGGCAUGUUGGGUGCAAUUCUUGAUGAACUACCAAGCCACGUGGUGGGGACACGCAAAUCUUCGCUGGGAAUGGCGACUGGCCUCUCUCAUUCCUGCUGACCUAUACGGAGCCAGCGCAGAGACGACCAUGGCUGACGUGCAGCUGCUAGCAGUCCUUGGCGGUAUGCACUUCUCUGACAAUGGAAGCAUCAUAGGGAGAACUUUAUGCGGGGAGCAGCUCACUGUCUCUCAGCAUAGCGUUCUCGGCACAACGGCAUACUAUCGAUCCGGUCGGGAGAAUGUCCGCGCUGAGAUCGAGCUCUCGGACCCCAUGCGUCUUGGUUGGCUUCUGUAUUCUGUUGAAGCCAGGAGAAUGGCGGGCCUUCGGCGCGCGCCCGUGGGAGGAAGAUACAAGAAUCAAGCCGUGGCUCUGAGCUCCCACUGCAAUAUUGACGCCGGCGGAAUCUCCGAUCUCAGUGCGGAGAGGGUGGUCAGACAUCUCGCCCGAAGGCGAACCAUUUAUGACGCUCAACUCUCCUACUCUUGUGGCGACGCGAUAUGGACAUUGUGGACGCAGGGAUUCCAGACCUACGCACAGACUUUGCUGGAACGGCCUCCACAGCAGAAUCACCCCAUCGGAUCCGCUCAUCCGUCAUUCUCAAGGCCACGACAAACAGCCCCGUCAAGGUCUACUCACCAAAAAGCAAUACUCUCUGACUGGAACAGGUCGGAAGUUGGUAUAUUCUGGGGUCCAUUAGGAAGCGGAAUAAAUUCCUGCUCGUGCAUGCAGUGCUGCAGAGAUUGGAUCAAUACAGCUACAUCAUCCAACAAGCUAGCCAAAUCACAUCCCAGGGCAGCAGCACUGCUGGCCUGCGGAGGGAGCUUCUGGCCUGCGCUAGAAAUCGCAAAAGGGCCGAACGGUGUCAGCGAUGAAACAGUUGGGCCAACAGUGGAUGUCCCAGACGACGACUAUCUGCAAAUUCAUGGAAAAGGACCACUCCCUACGGUUGAGAUUCUGGUUCAGGCCUGCUGCACCGGAAACAAUGCCCUGGCUACCUGCUGCGGGACCUUAGCCCGGCUGAUAGACGAGUCCGAUGCCGCGUCGUUCCCCGACCAAGUCCUGGCCGUUGUUGCUCUCAACACCAGAUGGCUUGCAAAGGUCGAAAGCGAGAGACUGCGGCUGGCUGCAGAAGAGCUUGUCUUCGGCCACCACCCCUCGAUAGGCCAGGCAAGCACGCCAGACAACAUUGAAACCAUCAAGAACGUCAUCGCGUAUACCGAGAAAUUGCUGCUUCUACUCAGACAGCAUAUCGGCUCUGCAAACGUCUGGGACAGUCCUCUGGGACCGCCUCUGGAAGACUUCAGUCCUAUCGCUUUGGGCGCCUGA